AGGCAACCAUUAGAACAAUGACUUUGCACACUCGAAUUGGGCAUAAAAAACAUCAAGCCCAAUAUUCAUAUUUGGCCCAAGCAGCCCAUUUUCACUUCGUCGUCUUCUUAUACCCUUAAACCUCAACCAGCUCGCAGCUCUCAACAAUUCCAGAGUUGCUUAAUCAAUCCAAUAUCGAAACCCAAUUCCCAAUCAGCUAAUCAAAUUCCAAUUCUCCCAGUUUUACCUUAAACCCUUUCAAAAUGGCAGCCCCGGAACCCAGCAACAUCGACGAGGAGCUCUCCGCCGCCUCCACGACCAUCUUAUUCGACCGCCCCGUCCCCUUGCUCCGCGGGCCGGUCCGGGCCGGCCCGCCCAACGACCCGUCGUCCGGCCCGUACGUGCUGGCAUUCCGCGACCCGAAAACCUGGGCCAACGCCUACAGAGCGUGCGAGUCGAAGAUCCUCCACCAGUGCGAGGCCGGGUCGAGAAUCGGGUGCGCCCUCAGCGCAUCGAGCAAGUGUAAGCCGCCGUGGUGGCGGUUUCUGAUUGGGCAGAAAGCGCCGGAGUUGAAGCAGAGGGCGGAGUGCGAGGAGAGAGAGACGGAGGGGUGUUUGGCUACGGCGAAGGAGAAGUGCGUUGGGUUUGCGAGAGACAAGUGCUUGGAGCCGUUUAGGGAGGCCAGGGUUUGUGGGGUGAGUAAGAAGCAGGCGGAGAAGAUGGUGUGCUGGGCGAGUGUGAUCAAUAAAAGUAGUACAUGGGUGAGUUUGAUUGGGUUGGAGAAUUGUGGGUUUGGGGCGACGAAUUGUAGGGCGGUUGAGCUGGUCGGGUAUUCCGGUGAGGUUGAUCGGGUUUUAGGUGGUGGCAAUGAGACUUUGAAGUUGUAAAUGUAUUGCUUUCGGAGUUGAGAAUCGUUAAAUUGUAAUUUGUUUGAUUUGCGAGCUAAUCCAACCAUUUCGUAUUAUAAAGAUUCGAUACAAUGUAAUACUAUAGAUACUCCAAAUUCCGGUUCUACAAUUCAUCAUGAAAAAGAAGCAUUUUUAUAUGUA